GUGGAGUGGUGCUGGGCCGACGCAGGCGCGAAUGGAGUGUUCUGCUGCGGGGUGUUGUGCUGGUCUUGGCGAAAGGGAAAUUCUUGACGAGUUCCGUAGCCCUUGGCUCAAGCCGCGCCGGCCGAGGCCGCUGGACUGACCGCUGCCCUGGCCCUGGCCUGGCGCUGAGCUGGGGAGGCUUCUGCUCGGAUGGGCUCCCCGCUGGUGGGGCGGCUGAAGACGCAGCUCAGCCGCCUCGCUGGGGACCCGGAGGGGCUGUACGUCACCGCCGAGAAUCUCAAGCGCCUCCUCCGGCAGCUGGACCCGAGCUCGGCGAUCAUCUCGGACGAGGGCUUCAACGUCUUCGCGUCUGUGACCCCCAAGGAGUCCAACGGCCAGAUCUCCGUUGGCACAAUCGUCGACUGGCUCUACGAAGACUCGGACUUCGGCUUGCCGGAAAUGCAGGAAAAGAGCCCGUCGACGAUGUGUUCUGGAGCAAUCACCAGACUCCGACGGUCUCGGGAGCUCGCCGCGCGUUGCUGGCGCGGCUGCUGUCCACGGACCCCGAGGCGGUCGACGAGGAAGCCAUGAACAUCAAGGCUUCCAUGCCGCCUUUAAACAACAGCAAGAAGAUGAAGCUGCCGAAGUUACUUCUGUCUAGUAACGUGCCAGUCUACGGACCGAACAUCCCGAACUCGGUGAUGAAGAUCUUCGAGCCCGCCGAUAUGAGAGCUCUUGCGCAGGGGCUUUCGUGCAGAAUACCUUCUUAUGUUCUCAACCGCGUAGUCCAGAGCAAGAUGCGCCCAAAGUCGUCGACCUUGUCAAUGCCGCGCGCAGUAUAGACGACAUCGCCCAGAGGAACGGGGCCGCCGUAGACAAGCUAGAGAGUUUCGUGAAAGGUCUGCUAGAUCUCAAUUCGGCGGAUGUUCCUUCGUGAACAGGUACGCGGGCGACGGAUGGGCGCACAAGCUGCACUUCGACCACACUCUCGACAACUUCGGAUUCGACAAGGAGGCGUCGGACGUGCUCCGCAAGAGAGAGACCAAGAACUCGGACGGUGAGACUGUGACCCUAGAGCAUUACGCCUUCCGCUGGCUUAGCAAGGCGUUCGCGGCUUACGGCGUCGAGGGUUGCAUGACGGACGUCGUCAAUCUGAUCUUCGCAAUGAUGGGUAUCAUUCCUGAAGAUCUGGACAAGGGCAAGAUCGCCGAAUACAUUGAUUCAUUCAGAGAUGAUCUAUUGGGGAAGAAGGAUUUCUCUGAGCUCUGGGUUCCUAAGUAUUUUGUUAUGGACGCAGAGGUCGAUGAUUCCCUUACUAUGGUUAUCUUGUCGUACGUGCAUGAAGCGCGUGGUACCACGCUUCAGACGUUUGUCCAGCUGCCCGGCGAUGAGUCCAUCAACGAGGCCGCGGCGACGCUCGCGAAGCUCAACGACGUCUACGUCUACCGUGAUCCAGAGGCCAGGAAUCGGCAGGAAUCAGCAGGCCGUGCUGCAGAAGUUUGGUACGCAUCGCUAAGGCGCCAUGCCCGCGCGGUGUUUCUGCAAUCGCUUCCGCAACUUGCCGCAGCGCAGGGCCCCUUCCCCCCUCCUCGCCCCUCCCAGACCCUCUCCUGCUCGCUUCUCCCCUCGCUCGCCGCCGAGAUCUGCUCAUCUGCCGCGGUUGCUCGCGGGGCCUGCCUGCGGGCGUCUCACCGUGCCGCUCACCUCCGCUCACCGCAGUUGAGCUGGUCUGCGCCCUCGGCCGCUGCCCUCCCUCCGGCGUUGUACUCGCGGCCUCGGUGCUGUCAGGCUGGAAGGUUCGCGUGUGGCCCCCUAUCGUUGUCGGCGUCACCCCAGCAUGCCGAUGCCGCGUGUGCGCCGCCCCCC